GACCGAGCCGCGGAGCCCGGGGCUCGCAGGAGCGCGGAGCCGAGUCUGGGGCUCUCCGAGGACGGGAGCAGCUGUGCCGUGAGCACUGGGAAAGUCCCCUCUUUGCUUCUCAUAAAUUAAGUUCCUUUCCACCAGUUAGGGCAAGUCAGCCAAGGUAGAAAAUGAUUGUCCGUGUUCACUUACUGUGAAGAUUUGAAAUCAGACAACUACAGCUUUGAUUCUCCCAAGUGUUUCAGGAUGUAAAUGUAGUCUGACCUUUCCCUGAUGGGCAGUUAAAUCAUGGACACGCUAAACAAUUUACUUUGGACUGUCCUUUCAAAAGAUGCUCUGGCUUCUCUCUUGAAUGCGCACUAAGCAUUUGUAACUGACAAGGAAAAGAAAGGAGACUGUGAACUGGAAAGCUAUCUUACAAUGAAAAUUACGAGCACAUCUUGCAUCUGUCCAGUCCUAGUGUGUCUCUGUUUUGUGCAGAGGUGUUAUGGAACUGCUCACCACAGCUCCAUCAAGGUGACCAGAAACCAGACCAAACAUAUUGAAGGUGAAACCGAAGUCCACCACCGUCCCAAAAGGGGAUGGGUUUGGAAUCAGUUCUUUGUUUUAGAAGAACAUAUGGGACCAGAUCCUCAGUAUGUUGGAAAACUGCACUCCAAUUCAGACAAAGGUGAUGGGUCUGUCAAGUACAUUCUUACUGGAGAAGGUGCUGGGACUAUAUUUAUCAUUGAUGAUACCACUGGUGACAUCCACUCAACGAAAAGCCUAGACAGAGAGCAGAAGACCCACUAUGUGCUUCAUGCCCAAGCUAUUGACAGACGAACAAACAAGCCUCUUGAACCUGAAUCCGAGUUCAUAAUCAAAGUACAAGACAUCAAUGACAAUGCUCCAAAGUUCACAGAUGGACCAUAUAUCGUUACUGUGCCUGAAAUGUCGGAUAUGGGUACCUCUGUUCUACAGGUGACAGCUACUGAUGCAGACGACCCUACCUAUGGAAACAGUGCCCGUGUGGUGUACAGUAUUCUCCAGGGACAGCCCUACUUCUCCGUAGAUCCUAAAACAGGAGUUAUUAGAACUGCCUUACAUAAUAUGGACAGAGAAGCCAGAGAACACUAUUCAGUGGUCAUUCAAGCCAAAGACAUGGCUGGGCAAGUUGGAGGGCUUUCUGGAUCGACAACGGUCAACAUCACCCUGACUGAUGUCAACGACAACCCCCCACGGUUUCCUCAGAAGCACUAUCAGCUGUAUGUUCCUGAGUCAGCUCAAGUUGGUUCAGCUGUUGGGAAAAUCAAAGCAAACGAUGCAGACACUGGUUCAAAUGCUGACAUGACCUAUUCUAUCAUUAACGGUGAUGGUAUUGGGAUAUUCUCCAUCUCCACUGACAAAGAGACCAGAGAAGGGAUCCUUUCUUUAAAGAAGCCACUGAACUAUGAGAAAAAGAAAUCAUACACUCUCACCAUAGAAGGAGCAAAUACACAUCUUGAUUUCCGCUUUUCUCACUUGGGCCCUUUUAAAGAUGCUACCAUGCUGAAGAUCAUUGUUGGAGAUGUGGAUGAACCACCCCUCUUUUCCAUGCCUUCUUAUGUCAUGGAAGUCUAUGAAAAUGCCAAAUCGGGCACUGUCGUUGGCACAGUUUUGGCACAAGAUCCUGACAGUGCUAAUAGCUACUUGAAGUACUUCAUUGACUACAGUGCUGAAGAUGACAGAUGUUUCAACAUUGAUGCCAAUACUGGAACCAUUAGGACUACAAAGGUCCUUGAUAGAGAAGAAACUCCAUGGUACAACAUCACAGUGGCUGCCUCAGAAAAUGACAAUCCUGGUUUGCUGAGCCAUGUCACAGUGGGUAUUAGAGUUCUGGAUGUCAAUGACAAUCCACCCGAACUUGCCAGGGAAUAUGAUAUUGUUGUCUGUGAAAAUUCAAAGCCUGGCCAGGUGAUUCAUACCAUCAGUGCCACUGAUAAAGACGAUUUUGCAAAUGGACCAAGGUUUAACUUUUUUCUUGAUGAACGCCUAUCUAUAAACCCAAACUUCACUCUGAAGGACAAUGAAGAUAACACAGCCAGCAUUCUGACAAGGCGGAGGAGAUUUAGUCGAACUAUUCAGGAUGUGUAUUAUCUCCCCAUUAUGAUCUCUGAUGGUGGAAUCCCCUCUCUCAGCAGCAGCAGCACCCUCACCGUCAGGGUUUGUGCAUGCGAGAGAGAUGGGCGAGUGCGGACCUGCCACGCGGAAGCGUUCCUGUCCUCGGCUGGCUUGAGUACAGGGGCCUUAAUCGCUAUUCUGCUGUGUGUUGUCAUUCUCCUAGCAAUUGUAGUACUUUUUAUCACCCUGAGACGCAGCAAAAAAGAGCCGCUGAUCAUCUCUGAGGAGGACGUGAGGGAGAAUGUGGUCACCUAUGAUGACGAGGGUGGCGGAGAGGAAGACACCGAGGCCUUUGACAUCACAGCCUUGAGGAACCCAUCUGCCGCUGAGGAGCUCAAGUAUCGGAGAGAUAUCAGACCCGAAGUGAAACUCACCCCCAGACACCAGACAUUGUCCACCCUGGAAAGUAUAGAUGUUCAGGAAUUUAUUAAGCAAAAACUGGCAGAAGCCGACCUCGACCCCAGUGUCCCCCCUUAUGACUCUCUUCAGACUUAUGCUUAUGAAGGUCAGAGAUCAGAGGCUGGGUCCAUCAGCUCACUGGAUUCAGCGACCACACAGUCAGACCAGGAUUAUCACUACCUUGGAGACUGGGGACCCGAAUUUAAAAAGUUAGCUGAACUCUAUGGAGAAAUAGAAUCUGAAAGAACAACUUAGGGGGUUAAUUCUUGCAAUCUUGUAGAAUUUGCUUCCUGAGCAAGUGGAGAUACAGCCUCAACAAUGACAAGGAAGAAACGUGGAGACAGUACUUGGAACUGAGCAAGCUGUACACAGCUACUGUAGAAACAAGUGCCCUUUCCAUGAUCGAAACUGGGUUAUUUAAUCAGAAGACAGUCAAAUUAAAAAAAAAAAAUACAGAGAAAAA